AUGGAAAAAAUUGUCUGCAUCCUAAUGGUGGUUUGUCUGGUGGAAAUUCAACCUUUAUUGAUAAACAACGACGCUUUUGCAACUAUUGGAUCAGAUGAGGACAAUCUAGAAUCUGCAGCUUCCAGAACAAAACGACAGGCAGAUGAUUACAGCCGCAUACAGAUCCUGAUGGUGGUUGACUUUGCUGUCUACUCCUGGUUUUAUAAACUUACCAACCUGCCAGAUGCCACGAGACAGGAACGUGACAGGGCCACAGAACAGAAUAUAACGCGGUACUACGCAUUUGUUUUCAAUAGGACGAAUGAACGUUACGAGGGAAUCGAAGAUUCGGAUGUGAAGAUUAAGUUGGAGUUUGGCGGGUUAAUCAUCGCCAAGAAUGCCACGGCGGCGUACUGGACGGAGGGUCGCCGUGAAGAACCGGUGGAGGGGUCACUCAGGGACAUGGUGGAUGCUUCCGAAGUAUUGGAAGAUUUUCAUGGCUGGGUCAACGAUACCAUCCUCCCACCCUUUGACCACAUAGUUCUCUUUACGGGGUACAAUCUAACGUACGGCGGAACUGCCUAUUACAAAGGUUUGUCGUUCCCUGAUUCCAUCUGCACGUUCUCUCCCAUUUCUGUUGUUGAGGAUACCUACGAUACUCGGACAGUGGGAUUCUUCGGCCAGGAAAUAGGUCGUAGUCUGGGAGCGAGACUAGACCUGGAUGGAAACUUUUGUUUAUCGACAAACUUGAACAUGAUGACACCUAGGUUCCGCUUUCCACCGGACGAAGCACGAGCCAGAAAUCUCUGGGAAUUUUCCCCCUGUUCCAUCAGCUACUUCAAGGAAUUUAUAGGGGAGCUGGAGACUAACUGUCUGCAGGACUCGUACGGAAAUCAAUACCCGGAGAACUUGGAUGAAUAUCUCCAGGAGUUACCCGGCGAUACUUACGGAGCUGACCAACAGUGCAGACUGACCAACGGUCAAAACUCAUACGUCUGUCGGGAAUUUAUCAUGGACUACUCAACUAUUUGCCGCGGAAUGCCAUGCUUUGUACCGGAAACUGGCUCAUGCGCUCUCCUGCUUCCGGCGGACGGUACCAUAUGUGGAAACAAUUCGAAAUGCCACCGAGGGGUAUGCGAGGAAGAUCUGACGGCCGGGACAGCAGUAGGUAACUGUAUUACCCUUUUUUUUCCCCGAGGUAACUGUGUAUUUGGUGACCAGCCUGUACUUCCGUUUGGGAGGACCUGUGGUGAGAUUGACCUUGAACCCUAUAGCUGCUAUCAACAGUCGUUGGAGCGAGCAUGCUGUGCCAAAUGUAACAGCUUUAGGACCAAAAUCACUGACUGUGAGUUUGGUGAUAAAAUUGGGACUUGUCGAGAGGAGAACUGUGAUACAGAGCAGGAGACCUGCUGCGCAUUGUGUCAGGGCCAAGUGGAGGAGACAACGACAGAGCUGUACACCACAACAACUGAGGAGACAACAACCUCAACUACCACAACAGAAGCUACAACUACAACAACAACAACAACAUUGAAACCAAGCACGACAACCACUCCUACAACCACGCCAACAACUACUACAUCAACCACUACCUCGCCAGCCAGACAACUUCCAGACUGUAACACCUUCUUUCGUCUCCUUGACAACUAUUCCUUGUCCUCCUUCCAAGACCUUUCCAGUUGGACAUGGCUGGACAGGAUGUACUGUUUCCUUAGAAGUGGGGGAAAUUACUUCAGAAUGAUGAUGUACUCGGGUAGUUACCCACGGCGACGACGAAGAUGGAGGGUAUACAGAAGGCGUCGAUACGGUUACAGACGGAGAGCGGUACCUCCAGGAAAAUGUGACUGCGAAAACUUAACAAAGAAAAUUGACAACCUCCAAGUUGAAAUCUUCAGGCAGAAGAGACAGAUGAAGCGAAAAGUUGCUGAACAUCGCAGACAAGAACGUUAUUUACAGGAAAGAUACUGGGAAUGGAGGCGUCGGGUGCAAGGAGAACUCGACACAAGAUUGCGAAUAUUUACAGAAAGUUUGCAACGUAAGGAAAGACAACUCACAGAUAAAUACAAGAGAAAGGAGAAGAUAUUAGAAAAAAAAUACAAAGAAAAGGAGUUUAACUUAAAGCAACACUAUAACAGGAAGUUGAAAGAUCUGGACCGGAAGUAUGAAGACCUGGUGAGGAAAAUGGUGAACAGAUACAGAGACAGAGAAAAGGCAAUUAUCAAAAAGUGUAAGGCAGAACUCGCAAAAAAGUCACGGCAAAUCUGGAGAAUGCGUGGCUAAACAAGUCUGUCUCCUAAGUUAUAAGUUAAAUACUGUAAACAUAUUUAAUAAGGCACAAUAAAAUUCAAGCACAUUAUUUUUUAUGGCAAAUAUGAACAUCCAUGAAAAAAAUGUAAUUACAGUAGUUAUGUUUUGGAAUAAUAUUUUCUAAUGCGAAAAAUCUAUAAUCAGAUUACCGCUAAAAUGUAUAGGCCUCACAAAGUGAUUAUUAUUUCGGCCACUCUGUCUCAACUUACUGGGGAAUAUAAUAACUAAAUGGAGGUGUAAUUUUUUCACCUCACAAGCAUUUCUGUGUAAUACACGUGACUUGUGAUUUUUAAGGCCCAUCAAUCUCAUACUUUAUACAUUUUUUGCUCUAAUGAACUUCUUUGGAGAACUUUAUAUUUGAAGUUGAAUAUUAAAGGUCACUGUUACUAUAAAUAGUAAGCCAGUUUAU